AUGGUCAUUGCUAACAAUUACAAUAAGUACUCACUCUCAGCGUAUCUUUUGUUGGUUCUCUUGGGGAAUAUAGAUCUCUGCCCCCCUCUUUCCACAGAGAAGGCCGGCCUGCAUGCGCAUACACCGACGCCCUAUGGAGCUCGGCCGUCGUAUAUACCGACGCCCUAUGGUUACAGGUGUUUCAAACCCGGUAUAUUGGUCUCCUGGUGCUCUAAACUCGAGCAUUGGCUCCAGCGUCGGUUCCGUAGCUGUAGCUGCAUUUUCCACCGGCCUUGGGGUGUCUACCGGGUAAUUGGAGAGUUCUUGUGGGUUUCUUUGAAACGAAGACUUAACUCAUUCGUGCUCCGGGAAGGUGAGGCGCGGAAUACAAUCCCUGUGGAUUAA